GUGAAUCUGGCAACACUGCAUAACGGUACUGCAGAUUGAGUGCUGCCGUUAAAUGUUGACAAAUAGGAAUGGAGAUAAGUAAACAAGAUGAUAGUAUGUAGUAGUAGUGGUAGUAGUAGUAAUAUAGAUAAUAGUGAGUGGUAAACAUAAUUCGCCAUCGCAAAUAUAAUCUCGAUGUAUUAUUAGAAUAUAAACAAUUCAGUUCCGCGGUUAAAGUUUAUUAUUCGAAAAUCGUAUAUAAAUAGUGCUAGAUUGGUCGCAGGAGGUACAAAAAACGUUCCUUAUUUACCGCUAAAUCCUCGACGGUCGAUCGUGGUGGAUACCUGUAAAGGAUACAUUCACCCAAAAAGUAUCUACCAUUCCUCGUUGGAUUUAGAUUCACCUGCAAAUAGGUCGAGCAUAUAGCACAACAACGUUAGGGUAGUUGGACCGAAGUUCGGAUCAAGCGCAAAUCAUACAGCAAAUCGAUCAACAGAGAGAGUGUAGGAGGAAGAAAAGGAAGCUUUAUACAGUGGGAAAGGAAACCACUUUAUUGUAAGUAACAUCUAAUAUUAAUAAAAAUUGUAAGCUAAUGAUAAUAAAUGUUUACAGUUUGAGCGUUGCUGAAAACUAGUCAGCUGCUGUUGAAAAUUUGGUUUCCCUACGGGAACAAUUUCUCAAAAAUAAAGUGACACAAGCGGUGUCCAAGAGAGAAGUUCGGACCUUCCCAAAGAAAUGGCUUCCGAUUCCGAAACGGCGGACAAAACAGUCAUGGACCUGACAGCGACUCCGUGUGGAAUCUGCGGGCCAUCAACAUGCGACGAAGAAAUGGUAGGUUGCGACGGUUGCGCAAGCUGGUUUCAUUCUCGCUGUGUAGGUCUAACGGAGGGACUGAAGCCGAAGAAAUGGUACUGCCAAAACGAAGCCUGUCAGCUCCAGGCUCAGGAGUACCAAAGGCAGCUCAAAGAAGCCAAGAAGCAGGCUCGUCUUCGGAAGCCUACCGACGAGUCUGACAAGUCUAGCGUCAACUCUCGCAAAGGCUUUUCCAUCGUGGAGCAAAAAGUGAAGGCGUUAGAGGAAAGGCAAAAGCGGCAGUAUGAAGAGCUAGAGGCGGAGAUGCAGCUGCGGAAGAAGGAAAAAUAUAUGCAGCGCGCAUUUGAAAGAAAAAGGUUGGAAAUGGAGAGAGAGAUGCGCGCUGAAGAAGAAGAAGAACAAAGAGCUUUGCAGGAAGAGAUUCUGCAGAAGAAGAAGGCACAGAUUGCGCGGAUGAAAGCGAAUCAGAAGUCAUUCGAACAAGAGAUGGCGGACCUGGAUCAGGAGUUGGCAGAGCUAUCAGUCGUCAAGGUUCCCAAGACGGUGCAUAAAAAAGAUGAAGACGGGAUCAAAGCAGGACCCUCUGGCAAAGAGAGCAAGAAACCGCUGAAGCUAACUAAAGAAAAUUUGAAGAAGCUCGCCGGAGACAACGAUGAUACCGAAGACGACGACGAAGAGGACGAUGAUGAAGACGAUAGCAAAGAGGAUGAUACACGGUCGGAAGAUUCGAAGGUAGCUUCCAAACAUACCGAACCAUCCGUGAAAAGUAUUCCGCAGAAAGUUAAGAAGGUGGAGGAAAGAAGCCAAAACGGGCUGGGGCAUAAGCAGGUCGGACCGACAAAGGCACAGCUGGCCACGAGAAAGGGGUUGACAUUCAAACUUCCCAAGUUCUCUGGAAAACCAGCACAAUGGCCAUUGUUCUACGCGGCCUACAAAACUUCGAACGAAGCCUGUGGCUACAUGGACCACGAGAACUUAAUGCGACUGCAGGAAUCCCUCGAAGGCGAUGCUCUUGAGCUGGUGUCCGGUCAACUGCUUCUUCCCGAGUCGAUUCCGAGGGUCAUCGAGAAGCUGCGUCGGCACUAUGGUCGUCCGGAACAACUGCUACAGAAUCUACUGGACAAAGUUAAUCAUUUGGAGCCUCCAAAGCCAGACAACCUGAGGAGUUUCGUUCCUUUCGGAAAUACCGUAGAACAACUCUGCGGACAUUUGGAGGCCGCAGAACUACGGCAACACCUCGUCAAUCCACUGUUGAUUAAAUCUCUGGUUGCCAAGCUUCCGGACCGUGAAAAGCGUGAAUGGGUUCAUUACCGGAGAAACAAAGGAGAACAAACGCUGCGAACGCUGACGGAUUUUCUCAUGGAGAUAGUCGAGGACGCCUGUGAGGCAAACGUCGACGUGGAUUUCAAGCCGGCGUAUCAGCCCAAAGGUGGACCAUCGUCCGGAAAGAAGAAACCGAAGGAAAAGGGUGCGUUGUACUGCCAUAGUGGAGAAAAUAGUCCAGGUGCAAGUUCGAGCGACCGGAAGAGAUUAAAGCCGUGUAAUCUAUGUCAAAGCAUGGAACAUCGUCUUCGGCACUGUGCGGACUUUAAGAAGCUGUCGUACACGAACCGACUGAAGCUAGCGACCCGCGAUAAACUAUGUCACGUGUGCCUCAACGAGCAUGGUGGUUUAUGUAGGUUCAGGAUUUUCUGCAACAUCGGCGAUUGUAAGGAGCACCACAAUCCGCUGAUGCAUCCUGUGCGGCACACUUUCGGAAUGAGUGCACAUAUUCGUUCGAACUGUACUGCCAUGUUCCGUAUGGUACCGGUACAGCUUCACUGUGGUGGAAAAUCGAUCACGGUCCUGGCGUUCCUGGAUGAAGGUGCCUCCGUCACGUUGUUGGAGAAGAAACUCGCUGACCGGCUGGGCGUCGUUGGCGUACAAGAGCGGCUGACGAUCAAGUGGACGGCUGAUAUCACGCGCGAAGAGAAGGACUCCCGGCGAAUGAAUCUGUGGGCGUCUGGUUUUAGUCCCGAUGCGGGUGAAAAGUUGCUGCUGCAUAGUGUUCGUACGGUUGGAAAACUGAUGCUGCCACGUCAGAGGUUGGAUUACCAGGAGCUUGCCACACAAUACCAACACAUGCGAGGAUUGUCAAUCGAGUCAUACGACGGACAGCCGGAACUGCUCAUCGGACUAAAUAACAUCCAUUCGUUUGCACCGAUGGAGGCGAAGGUUGGUGCACCAGUGGAACCAAUUGCGGUUCGAUGCAAGUUUGGGUGGACGGUAUACGGUCCAAGGCACUCCGCCACGGUUGCAGCAGGUAAUUAUUUCGGUUACCACCAAGCGAUCACCAACGAGGACCUGCACGAACUGCUCAAAAGCCACUACGCUUUGGAGGAAUCGGUGGUUAUGGUACCACAAGAGUCAACAGAAGAGAAACGAGCACGGGAAAUACUUGAGCGGACUACCAAACGUGUCGGCGACCGCUUCGAAACUGGGCUACUGUGGAAGACAGAUGAUCCAAAGUUCCCGGUCAGUUUUCCCAUGGCCGUGAGAAGAAUGAAGCAACUGGAGAAACGACUACAAAAGAAUCCGGAGCUGCACGAGAACGUCUGCAAGCAGAUUGACGAGUACCAGGAAAAAGGGUACGCGCAUCUGGCUACCGAGGACGAGCUGGCUGGAACUCCCCCCGACGAGGUCUGGUAUCUCCCACUAAGUGUCGUACAAAACCCGAAAAAGCCAGGUAAGAUACGUCUAGUAUGGGAUGCUGCAGCGACAGUGCAAGGAGUUUCUCUGAAUUCGCUGCUGUUGAAAGGGCCCGAUAUGCUAGUACCCCUGGUAAAAGUUCUUUUCGGUUUCCGCGAAUGGCGAAUCGCUUUCGGUGGAGACGUAAAGGAAAUGUUUCACCAGAUGAAGAUUCGCACCGAGGAUAAACAGAAGCAGAGGUUCGUCUUCAGGAAGACUCCGGACGUUUCACCGAGCAUUUAUGUCAUGGACGUGGCAACGUUUGGGUCUACAAGCUCCCCUUGUUCGGCCCAAUUCGUCAAAAACCGAAACGCUGAGGAACUCGCCGCUCAAUAUCCUGCAGCAGCCGCAGCCAUCAUAAACCGGCACUAUGUCGACGAUUAUUUCGACAGCGUCGAUACGGUGGAAGAAGCAGUCAAGCUGGCGCAAGAGGUGCGCUUGGUACAUCGGAAAGCCGGUUUCGAGAUCCGGAACUGGGUGUCCAACUCGCCAGAAGUUAUUCGGAGUCUGGGAGAGACGAAACCAGCCGCACCGGUGCACUUCAACUGGGACAAGCAGACUUCCAAGGAGCGAGUUUUAGGGAUAAUCUGGGAUCCGGACUCCGACGAAUUUGUCUUUUCGACAACGCAUCGCGAGGAGUUGUUGGCGUACUUGUACGAGGGAAAACGGCCGACGAAAAGACUUGUCGCAAGCUGCGUAAUGGGUUUCUUCGACCCGCUCGGAUUAUUGUCGCCAUUCACCAUUCACGGCAAAAUUAUCAUCCAGCAUCUGUGGCGUUCCAACUGCGACUGGGAUCAGGAAAUCGAUAUCAAGUGCUGGGAGCUGUGGAAGCGGUGGACCAGUCUGUUACCGGAGGUGGAAGCCAUCCGAAUUCCACGUUGCUACCUCGGAGGUGCUAAGUGCUCCGAAAUCGAUUCGCUGGAAGUUCACAUCUUUACCGAUGCCAGCGAACACGCGUACGGAUGCGUGGCGUAUUUGCGAGCGGUUGUCAACGGCAAUGUUCAUUGCAGCCUGAUGAUGUCUCGAGCAAAGGUGGCACCGAUUAAACGUCAGUCAAUUCCUCGUCUGGAAUUAAUGGGUGCGGUUCUGGGAGCCCGUAUGAGUCAAACCGUUCUGGACACACAUUCGUACAAAUUCCUCCGUACUGUUUUCUGGACAGAUUCUCGCACAGUGUGUAGCUGGCUGAAUUCCGACCAACAUCGCUACAAGCAAUUCGUUGCAUUUCGGGUCGGCGAAAUCCAGGAGCUCACAAAGGUUACUGACUGGCGAUGGGUGCCAACCAAACUGAACAUAGCAGACGUAUUGACGAAGUGGGGACAAGGUCCACCUCUUCAAAGCGAUGGAAUAUGGUUUCAAGGACCAGAUCUCCUGUACCAGCCGGAGGAUCAGUGGCCAUCGAAAAAAUCAACGUUUGAAGAAACCGAGGAGGAGGCACGAGGUUCUGUGUUGUUCCAUGAGGUGAUCAACGUUGAAGCGAUUUCUCGUUGGACAAGACUCUUGCGAGUGACGGCUACCAUGGUACGCUUCAUCGUCAACUGCCGGCGUAAAAAACGAGGAGAGCCGAUAGUGACAACAUGGGCAACGACGAAGCAACGUCGGCUGAUCGAAGCGACAGCGGUGAAUUAUGUGGCAGUACAGGUACCACUUGGGCAGGAAGAACUUCAGCAGGCCGAAACCAUCCUGUGGCGGCAGGUACAGUGGGACAGUUUCCCUGAUGAAAUGAGCAUGCUCACGAACAAUCUGCAGCGCCAGCCGGGUCAGCCGCUUGAGAAGAUUAGGAAGAGCAGUUGCAUCUAUAAGAGUUCACCGGUACUGGACGACGAAGGCGUGCUGCGUAUGGAGGGUAGACUGGCGAAUUCUGGGGAAAGUUCAUUCGACAAGAAGCAUCCGAUCAUCUUGUCCCGGUCCCACGAAAUUACGCAGAAACUGAUCCAGCACUACCACGAAGCGUUCGGGCACGCGAAUUCGGAGACGGUGUUCAACGAAAUGAGACAGAGGUUCCAUAUUCCCAAGAUGCGCCCAGCGAUCCAAAAUGUGAUGAACAGGUGCGUAUGGUGUAAGGUGAACAAAUGCCGUCCAAGAUCUCCAAGGAUGGCUCCCCUACCAGUUGAAAGAGUCACUUCUCAUCUACGGCCCUUCAGCUCCGUGGGCAUAGAUUACCUGGGUCCGGUGGAAGUAACGAUCGGUAGACGAAAAGAGAAGCGUUGGGUGGCAGUAUUCACCUGUUUGGCUGUGAGGGCGGUGCACCUCGAAGUCGUGCACAGUUUGACAACUGAAUCCUGCCAAAUGGCAAUCACUCGUUUCCAUAGUAAGUUUGGGAAGUCAAAUAACAUAUUCUCCGACAACGCUACAUGCUUCCAGGGAGCUAACAACGAGAUGGUAAGGAUGGAGAGCAUCAACCAGAAAUGUGCUGAAAGUAUGGCCAGUCCCGCUACCGCUUGGCACUUUAACCCACCCGGAACGCCACACAUGGGCGGCAUCUGGGAGCGAAUGGUACGAUCGGUUAAGGAGGCGAUGCGUGCACUGGACGACGGAAGGAAGCUGACGGACGAGAUCCUAGUGACGACGCUGGCGGAAGCGGCCGAUAUGAUCAACAUGCGGCCGUUGACCUACUUGCCGCAGGAUUCGGUCGAAACUGAAGCACUGACCCCGAAUCAUUUCCUACGGGGAACGGUGGCCAGUGCCGACAAGCAGGUGGAUGGUGGACCUACGGAUUUCGCCGAAGCACUCCGAAAUAUAUACAAGCGCUCGCAAUAUCUUGCCGACAAGAUGUGGGAAAGAUGGAUUAAAGAGUAUCUGCCGACGAUCAACCAACGGUCGAAAUGGUUCGACGAGCAGAAGCCGCUAAACGAGGGCGACUUAGUGUUCGUGGUCGAUGGAAAGAACCGGAAGUGGUGGAGACGAGGUAUCGUGGAAGCGGUAACCAAGGGUUCGGAUGGACGAAUCCGACAGGUGAACGUGAGGACCGCUGAUGGAAAAGUUCAAAGACGUGGGGUAGUGAAUCUAGCGGUGUUGGAGAUUCAGUAA